UAUUUCCCGCUGUCAGGAUGAGGAGGCGGAGGUCGGCGCUCCGGUCCGUCUCUGCCCGGGGCUGUGGCGGCGCCGGCGGCUCCAGCCUUAGCGGUUCCUCCCUGGGCGGCGGCGGCCGCAGCUCGGUCGACGCCUCCUCCGCCAGCUGAGCCCGCGGCAGUCCGGGACGCCGCUUCCCCGCCCAUCCCCGGUCCCCGAGGCCGCCUCCUGGCCAUGGCGCAGCCGGGCCCGGCACCCCAGCCUGACGUUUCUCUUCAGCAACGGGUAGCAGAAUUGGAAAAAAUUAAUGCAGAAUUUUUACGUGCACAGCAGCAGCUUGAGCAAGAAUUUAAUCAAAAGAGAGCAAAAUUUAAGGAGCUAUAUUUGGCUAAAGAGGAGGAUCUGAAGAGGCAAAAUGCAGUAUUGCAAGCGGCACAGGAUGAUUUGGGUCACCUUCGGACACAGCUGUGGGAGGCUCAGGCAGAGAUGGAGAACAUUAAGGCAAUUGCCACAGUCUCUGAGAAUACUAAGCAAGAAGCUAUAGAUGAAGUUAAAAGGCAGUGGAGAGAAGAAGUUGCUUCACUUCAGGCUGUAAUGAAAGAGACGGUUCGUGAUUACGAGCAUCAGUUUCAUCUGAGGCUGGAGCAGGAGCGAGCACAGUGGGCACAGUAUCGAGAAUCUGCAGAGCGGGAAAUAGCUGAUUUAAGACGAAGGUUGUCUGAAGGUCAAGAGGAAGAAAAUUUAGAAAAUGAAAUGAAAAAGGCCCAAGAAGAUGCUGAAAAGCUUCGCUCUGUCGUGAUGCCCAUGGAGAAGGAAAUUGCAGCUUUGAAAGAUAAACUGACAGAAGCUGAAGAGAAGAUUAAAGAGCUGGAGGCCUCAAAGGUUAAGGAGCUGAAUCAUUAUCUGGAGGCCGAGAAGUCUUGUAGGACUGAUCUGGAGAUGUAUGUAGCUGUUUUGAACACUCAGAAAUCUGUUCUACAGGAAGAUGCUGAGAAAUUGAGGAAAGAAUUGCAUGAAGUUUGCCAUCUCCUGGAGCAAGAACGACAACAACACAACCAGUUAAAACACACAUGGCAGAAGGCCAAUGACCAGUUUCUGGAGUCCCAGCGUUUGCUGAUGAGAGACAUGCAGCGGAUGGAGAUCGUGCUGACUUCCGAACAGCUCCGACAAGUUGAAGAACUGAAGAAGAAAGAUCAGCAGGAGGAUGAACAACAAAGGCUUAAUAAGAGAAAAGAUAACAAAAAAACAGAUACUGAAGAAGAUGUAAAAAUACCAGUAGUAUGUGCUUUAACUCAAGAAGAAUCUUCAACACCCUUAUCAAAUGAAGAGGAGCAUUUAGACAGCACCCAUGGGUCAGUUCAUUCCUUAGAUGCAGACUUGCUGUUACCAUCUGGAGAUCCAUUCAGUAAAUCAGACAAUGACAUGUUUAAAGAUGGACUCCGGAGAGCUCAGUCUACAGACAGCUUGGGAACCUCAAGCUCAUUGCAAUCAAAAGCAUUGGGCUAUAACUACAAAGCAAAGUCUGCUGGAAACUUGGAUGAGUCGGAUUUUGGACCACUGGUUGGAGCAGAUUCUGUGUCUGAGAACUUUGAUACUGUGUCGCUUGGGUCACUGCAGAUGCCAAGUGGAUUUAUGUUAACCAAAGAUCAAGAAAGAGCAAUUAAGGCAAUGACACCUGAACAGGAGGAAACAGCAUCCCUCCUCUCUAGUGUCACCCAGGGUAUGGAGAGUGCAUAUGUAUCUCCCAGUGGUUACCGCUUAGUGAGUGAGACUGAAUGGAAUCUCCUGCAGAAAGAGGUACAUAAUGCUGGAAAUAAGCUUGGUAGACGUUGUGAUAUGUGUUCCAAUUAUGAAAAACAGUUACAAGGAAUUCAGAUUCAGGAAGCUGAAACAAGAGACCAGGUGAAGAAACUGCAGGUAAUGCUAAGGCAAGCUAAUGACCAGCUAGAGAAGACGAUGAAAGAGAAACAGGAGCUAGAGGACUUUAUCAAGCAGAGCUCUGAGGACUCAAGCCACCAAAUAUCUUCACUUGUCCUAAGAGCUCAAGCUUCCGAGGUUUUACUUGAAGAGUUACAACAGAGCUUUUCUCAAGCAAAGAGGGAUGUUCAGGAACAGAUGGCGGUGCUGAUGCAGUCCCGUGAACAGGUUUCAGAAGAGCUGGUGAGGUUACAGAAAGACAAUGACAGCCUCCAGGGAAAGCAUAGCUUACAUGUAUCAUUACAGCUAGCAGAAAACUUCAUUCUCCCAGAUACUGUGGAGGUGCUCCGGGAACUGGUGUUAAAAUAUCGUGAGAACAUCGUUCAUGUGCGGACUGCAGCAGACCACAUGGAAGAGAAGCUGAAGGCCGAGAUACUUUUCCUGAAAGAGCAGAUUCAAGCAGAACAGUGUUUAAAGGAAAACCUUGAAGAGACUCUACAGCUGGAAAUAGAAAACUGCAAGGAGGAAAUAGCUUCCAUUUCUAGUCUAAAAGCUGAAUUAGAAAGAAUAAAAGUUGAAAAGGGACAGUUGGAAUCUACAUUAAAAGAGAAGUCACAACAACUUGAGAGUCUCCAAGAAAUAAAGGUUAAUUUAGAGGAACAGUUAAAGAAAGAAACUGCUGCUAAGGCUACUGUUGAACAGCUCAUGUUUGAAGAGAAGAACAAAGCUCAGAGGUUACAGACAGAAUUAGAUGUCAGUGAACAAGUCCAGAGAGAUUUUGUAAAACUUUCUCAGACUCUUCAGGUGCAGUUAGAGAGGAUCCGGCAAGCAGACUCCUUGGAGAGAAUCCGGGCAAUUCUGAAUGAUACCAAACUGACAGACAUUAACCAGCUCCCUGAGACAUGACACCCUGGUAGCAGGAUUCUAACCUGCAUUUUGGGUUUUUAACUCAUCUUUAGAAUAACAUUAAUUAUUAUUUAACUCUUAAUGGAAGAAGUCACAGCAAAAGGACGACAGGAGAAAUGCAAGUCUGGAGGGAGAAGGCUGCUGUGCGCAGGGACAGCCAGCAGAUGUUUCAAGGGAACACUAAUGGGACACCGGACUUGAUUCCAGCAGGUGUGGGAUCCGACUUGGUGCCAGAAAAGUGCGGUUUCCUUGCCUGCUUUCUCCAGCACGGAUUCUGGAACACAUCUCCUGACAUGAAAGCAACUCCCCUAGUGUUUGGAAUUACGUUUCUGUUCAUACAAACUGGGAGAGAGAAGUUUCUUUUUUCUGUUGUCUAGGGCUCAUCAGUAGCAGUGUUCAGCUAGCAGAGAAGUGUAGUGUGCUGUAUGAGUAUUUUAUAUUAAAAUAUGAAGUGUGAGAGCAGGCCAUUGGCUAUUGACUGUAUUUCCCUCGCUCAGUGCAUUUUUUUUUAACCAUUUUAUCUUCUAUUGGAGGACCUUAAAUGCUACUGAAACUUGCCUGAGAACUAUAGGACCAUGGCAAACAAAAAAGCAAUUCAACAAAAUUAGGAGAAUCUGAAUACUUGGCUAAGGCCACAUAUAUUGGAAGUUGAAUUGAAGGAAAAAAGCACAAGAAACCUUGGAAGCACUUUUUCUGCACACCGGGAUGAACCUCCUGGGCCCACAGGUACCACGGCAAAGGCGAACUGGCACCACUUACCCUUUCGAAGUGUUUUAGUUACUGGAUCAGUGGAAAAAAUAAUAUUAAUAAAACAAGCUAUCUCUGACAUCUA